UAUAUUUCUAGAGGUAUUACUGGAGGAAUUUCUAAGGAAAUCCUGUAGUGGAACUUACAAACGAAUCUAUGGAGAAGUUAAUCCCUGCUCGAAAUCAUCAGGGAAGAUCUCAAGUGGUUCCUGGAGGACUCGCUGUUAGGAUCCUUUAAGAAAUCGUGCGAUAACUGAGAGAAUUUCGUGGAGAAAUCCCUGGCUGAGUAUUCCACAGAGAAAUCCUUGGUAGAUCGUAUAGAGGAACUUUCAUCUUUGAAAAAUGCCUGGGGAAAUUGCUAGAAGUCGUAGAGCAUAGAAGAAUUUUCGGGGAAAGUUGAAAGAAGAGAAAUUGAUGGAAUAAUUUAAUGUGGAAUCACUAUAAAGCUUCUGUAAGACUUUCUGUACUUUUCAGAAUUUUUUUUUUGGUAAUUCAGGAGAAAUUUUUAAAGUGAUCUAUGAAAUUGGUACCGAAAUCUGUGAUUUUUUUUGUUUAGAUAGUUGAAAAAUUCUUUAAGAAAUUUUGUUGGAAUUACUGGAGAAAUCCUUAGAAUAAUUUUUAUGGUCAUGGCAGGAGAAUUUCUCUCUUUGUUUCUGGAUCUAUUUCUAAAACAUAUGGACAUAUUUCUAAAACAUAUGUAGAGGGAAAUUUAAAGGAAUCCUCGGAGAACUUUCUGGAGGGACUCCUUAAAAAAUGAUGGAAGAAAUGAAAGAAAAUAUUUGAGAAAUACAUUAAAAGGCGCUCUGGAAGAAUCCAUACAGGUAUACUGAUAAUAUUUGUCAAAAAUUCUUGUUGGAAUUCCCAAAAUUUCUAGAACGAGAUAAAAGUCUACCAGACAUCUUAGGUAGAAAUGUUUAAGCAAUCCCUAGAAAAAUUCCACAAGGAAUAACUGACAUUAUUGUUGGAUUCGCGGGCGAUUUCGUCUUGACGAUAUCCGAUGAGAGUCUGGAAAAGGUGGAAGGAUGACGGUGGAGACCAUUAGCAUGAAAUCACUACCGGUUUGCCCGUGAAGCAGAUUAAGGUAGCAGCUGAAGACCGGUGGACAUAGCUAGCUCAGUCGUAGUUAGUUAUGGUAGUUAUUGAGUCAAACUCUAAAGAGCGCCAGGCAGUGUUGUAGGCUAUCACGGUAGUCGACACGUUUUCGUUGACAUUCGACAGCCUUUGUCUUCAGCAUUGACAACACGAGCGGUCAAAUGAGUAUACGACAAAAAAUGUCAAUUGAAUACAGCUGACCACAAUGUCGUCAACUGAAAACGGUACGGUUUUCUAUUUCUAUCAUUUUCCGUCAUAAAUGCGGCUUUCAUUGUAUGUAUGUGUCACAUUCAAGAUAACUAGCAACAACAAUUCUUGUUGUUUAUUAUCGAACAUUUCUGAAAUCUACGGAAAAAUUAUGACGUAUGAAAAUGUCAUCGUAUCAGACGACAUUCAUUCCACAGUUUUUUGUGUUUCUCGAUUUUCAUUCUACCGCCUUUGCAACGCGUGAUUGAUCAAUUGACUACUGACAAUGGAAGCGAAACGAACGUCGCGAUAAAUGUUGAAUGUUUACAGCGCUAGAGGUCAUUAAACUACCAACGCCUAUUAUAGCUCAUCAUCGCAAAAUGUGCUCAACAAGCUAAAAAUAAAGGUUAAAAAUAGAACAACUAAGCUUCUUCCUACAACGACCUUGUUUUAACCAGAACAUUGUCUUCAUUUUAUGUUAUUUGCAUUCAAGGAUUCCUUUACCUUGCAAUAAAACUGCUCUGAUAAAUUCUACUCACCGUUCUUCUCUAAACUCAUGCAAAUUAGCCUAAAGAUCUUAUCAUUAACGUAAGUUUGCUGUCAACACAAUUCAUAAUUUCGUUAAUCUUAUCUGCUAGCGUAAAAUGGCUAUCUUCAUUCACUGCUAGGAGAAGCCGUUGUCAAUUCCCAUUCUAAUCGUCACUGUUGUCUGCAUUGUUUGGUACACAAUCCCGCCCCUAUUCGUGAUAAUGAGGCGUCAAUUUGGAAUUUGUAUGGCAUCACUCAUCUUAAAUAGGAAUCCACAGCAGUUCAUGCCCCAUUAGUCCGUUUUGUAGCAAUCAAUGUGAGACACUUCUGCUAAACCUUACUUCGUUAAAUUUUGCAAUAUGCUGGUAACCUGUAUUCUAACGCUAACUCUUCUAAGCUAUACUUCGUCAUCAGAGGAUCCUUUGGAUCCCUACCCUCUCUCCCGAAGCAACGCAAGCCAUCAGCUUCGAAGUGAGAAGGUCAUCACCGAAGAAGUGCUAUCGUUGAACCGUCACUUCGUGGAUUACAUAAUCCAGGUCGAUAACGAGACUGUGAAGAAGUCCGCGGAUCUCCAUUGUUCUGUUCUGAUACAUCAGCUUUCGGAUGCAUAUCUCAACCGUCAACAGCACGGUCUGGAAUGUGAGUUUUUUGAAAUGAUCGUUUCAAGUGAAGAUCUACUCCCGUAAGUUUACCUCAACAGGGUUCGAUUCAUGGGGAACGCUUCCGACUGGAUCGUAUCACCGAAACAAGUAUGCGUUGGGCAAUGUUGAUCAGUGUCGAGCCAUCGGGGAAAUUCGCAUGCAGUACUGUGCAUUUGACGGAGCUUUCCCGAGUGAAUUGCAACCACUGGUGAUAGGACUGUGUAUUCCGCAAGUUUGUAAUCGGGAUUUUGUUCAACGGCUGUAUGGGCGCUAUUUGACUACCAAGGGAUUUCAACUGAAGCCCACGAUUGAGCAACAGCUGCACUGCAUUAGGGACGAAGAAAUCCUGUAUGACGGAGCGAUGAUAACUGCAAUGUAAGCAUUAGCUUUAGAACAAUUGUUGAAGAAUACAGUUUAACAAUUUUGUUCCAGAUUGAUAUCCAUCAUAGUUGGGCUUGCCGUACUGUGCGCUACGUCGUAUGAACUUGUAACGGAAGUUCUGAAUCGUACUCCCAAGCCACUGUACACCUCGUUUUCCCUAACGGGUAACGUACGAAGUAUCUUGCAUCUAGCUCCACGAUCCAAUACGUUGCAGCAGAAAUCGAACAUGAUCGAGUGUGCUCUCGGCAUCCGGUCGUUCUCCAUGAUCUGGAUUCUAGCUUUACAUGUCAUCGAAUUUCUGCGUUUUGUGCCGCUGGAGAACGAAUCCGCACGACUGGAGUAUCACAGAGGAUUUGUGCCUAGCAUGCUGUAUCCCAGCGUCAUAUUUGCGGUAGAUACUUUCCUGGCAUUGAGCGGAAUGUUGGUGGCAAUGACUAUGCUGCGGGAACUUGAUGCGAGGGGUAAAUUGAAUCCUUUGAAGUUCUAUUUGCAACGGUACAUCCGAAUCACAGCACCACUGGCAGCGCUGAUCCUGUUUCUAGUGUCAUUCGCCGGUUACAUGGGCGAAGGAGUGUUUUGGAAGCAAAACAUCGACCGGCUGAAGGUACCGUGUCUGAAGAAUUGGUGGGCUGCUCUGUUACACAUUCAGAACUACGUUGAUCCGGGGCGUAUGUGUCUACCGUGGACUUGGUACCUCUCCGUAGACAUGCAGCUCUACGUAUUCGCUCCAGCGAUAAUCUACCCCUUAUGGCGAUAUGGAAAACGAUUUCUUGUCGUCAUCGUCGCCAUUGCCAUUUCAUCUAUGGCAUUCGUCGCCGCUACAUUUUACCUGAAUGGAUUCCGACUGGGUUUUUUCGCUCCAGGCAGCAAAGUCCGUAGAUACAUCCUCACCUAUUACGCGACGCACGCACGGAUGCCAGUGUGGCUGUGGGGACUAGCCUUCGGUUAUCUACUCCACAAUACCAAAGAUACGAAGGUCAACCUUCGAAACCGGCACUGGAUUGCUGGAUGGAUUACGUGUUACUUCUUGCUGGGAUCGAUCAUCUUUGGCAACUACCAGAUCCAAGCGACGAAUGCAGAGGAGUAUUCGUACGUAAUUGACGCCUUGUACGAAACCUUGUCCCGAUCGGUGUUCGUCUUCUGCGUUCUGUGGAUCAUCCUGGCAUGCGUCAAUGGGAAAGGUUGGUUGGUGGAUGAAUUCCUGGGGGCUUCCAUGUGGCAACCGUUGUCCCGGUUGUCCUUCACCAUGUAUCUGCUGCACAUACCGCUGCUGGUGAUGGCCUCGGUGGCAUCGGCCAAGACGGCCAGCCAUUUUAGCGCUAUGGAUCUGUUCUAUCGGAUUUGCGGCACCUUCGGAUUGACGACGAUUGUGGCCUUGCUAUGGAGUGCCGUUUUUGAGCUGCCGUUUAUGGCACUAGCCAAGCUGGUUCUGAGUUGAGUUAAAUGAAGAAGAACUGGAUGAAGACGUCUGUCAAUAAAUAAACAUAACAUUAGAUUAUUAAAAGAGCGUAAUGUAUGUUUGGAAUUGUAUAGAUUUCAUCCGAGAUAGUGUAUUUCGCCCUAGAUUCGUUGCAGUCUUCAUAUGAGAUUUACGUGCCUUGGCCGGAU